AUGACCGAAGAGUUUUACGGAUAUGCCGCAUUUAGCAAAGAAAGUGGCUUGAAGUUGUACUCUUAUACGCCUAAGCCAUUAGGUGAUGAAGACGUCGAAGUGGGGAUUUCGCAUUGCGGUAUCUGCGGUAGCGACUUGCAUACGAUGAGGUCCGGUUGGCGUCCAACUCGAUACCCUAUUAUCGUGGGCCACGAAAUUGUUGGCAAAGUCUUGAAGAAAGGUUCUAAAGUCAUCGACUUCAAUGUUGGUGAUCGUGUCGGUGUCGGUUGUCAGCUCCAAUCGUGCAGAAAAUGUGAUGAGUGUAGGAUGGGCUACGAGCAACUGUGCGCAAAGAAAGUGUUCACUUAUAAUGAUAUGUGGAAAGAUGCCGAAGGUAAUCCCACCAAAUAUCCAACUCAGGGUGGCUAUGCUGACAAAAUUCGUACGCAUUCCGAUUUUGCAUUCCAUAUUCCGGAAGAAAUCAGCUCAGCCGAAGCCAGCCCAUUGCUUUGUGCCGGAGUGUCUACAUUUGUUCCGUUGAAGCGUCACAAAAUUGGUCAGGGCAAUAAAGUUGGUAUCGCUGGCAUUGGCGGUUUAGGUCACAUGGCAAUUCAGUGGGCGGCUAAGAUGGGUGCUGAAGUCACGGCUAUCUCGCACAGUAGCGGAAAACGCGAUGACGCGAUCAAACUUGGCGCAACUCACUUCUUGAAUUUUUCGGAUCCGGAAGAAGUCGAAAAAUUCGCUAAUUCACAAGAUCUCAUCAUCUUAACUUCGUUUAACCCACAUACCGAUUGGUCGAAAUGUCUAAGGCUCCUCAAGAACCACGGUAUUUUUGUCUUGCUCGGUCUUCCAGAAGUCCCACUUCAGAUUCCGCCGUUCGCUCUCAUGCGUGACGUGAAGAUUGAGGGCUCGUUGAUUGGUGGACGUCAAGAUGUUAAGGAUAUGCUUGAAUUUGCGGCUAAGCAUAAUGUCAGAUCUUGGGUCCAAAAAGUCCCAAUGAAAGACGUCAACGAGGGGAUCAAAAUUAUGCUCGAUGGAAAGGCUAGAUACCGGGUAGUGCUGGAAAAUUAA